GUCCACACAAAUAAGACCUACAUCAGCCAGCAGUGGUUGCAGCCAUGGUGGAGGGGAAACCGUAUCGGUGCGGGCUGAUAGCGGCGGGGCUGUGCGUGGCAGCAGUCGGCCUCUUCAUCAUGACUCAGGAGCGGCCGCACGUCUACGCCACAAUGUGCGUUCUGGGUGUCAGCAUGGUGUGUGUCGGGACUGUGUGGAGCCUGUGCCAGUGCUACCCCAAGCUCACUUUGGCUGCUCAGACUCAGGAGAAGAGUCAAGAGGAUCUGGUGUGUGCUUCAGCGGAUGCACUCGAUGAACGGCACCCCGAGGCUCUGCCAGGUUUCUGUGGCCAAAAGUCGCGUAGCAGCAGCAGACUUCUCCCCGAGGCCCUGAAGAGCCAGAGUCACAGCUGUCCCACGCUGCACCUGGUCUGA